AUGCGAACGUUCCCGAGCUCCGGCCGGUGGUCCACCUCCACCACAUGGCCACGGAGGGCCACCGGCGCGGCGUCCACGGCGCUGGCCAGCGCCGUUUUCGCGGUCCUGGACGUCGCCGACGUGAUCCUCUGCUUCGUGUACGCCCUCCUCGACGGCGUCCUCGAGGACAGCCCCGUGCGCUGCUACUGCCACAGGAGCUACGACGACGACGACGACGGCAUCAGCGAGGCAACCGCUGCAGCAGUGGACGGCGGUGACCACGAGGAGGUCUCCGACACGCUGUACGCGCACGGUCGGAGGAGCGCCGUCAGGGACGCGCUGCUGGGGCUCCUGCGACUCGUCGUCGGGAGGAGGGGAGCGGCGCCGCCGGAUGAGCCGAUGCCCCCCUGUAAGUGGCGAAGCCCCAGGUGGUCUGACUGCGCGUGCAAGUCGUGCGUCGCAUGGCGAGGCGCCGGCGAGGGCGAAGCCGGCGGCCGGCUGCACGUCGUCGUCAAAGAGCCGGAUCGGAAAACCGCCGCCGGCGGCCGGUUUGCAGAUGCAGCAGCAGGAACACGCACGCCCGACCGCGAGAACGCCAUCUUCGUGCACGGUUUCACGUCGUCGUCGUCCUUCUGGGCGGAGACGGUGUUCGGGGAGUCCUCCUUCAUCCUCGACGACUGCCGGCUGUUCGCCGUGGAUCUCCUCGGCUUCGGCCGGAGCCCCAAGCCUGCGAACUGCAUGUACAGAGUGAGAGACCACGUCGAGGCGAUCGAGAGGAGCCUCAUCGAGCCGCAUGGCCUGAUGAGCGGCAGCGCCUCCUUCCACCUGGUCAGCCACUCCAUGGGCUGCAUCAUCGCCCUCGCCUUGGCUGCCAAGCACCCGACCCGCGUGAAAUCCAUCACGCUGGUUGCACCGCCGUACUUCCUGCCGUGCGAGCAGAGGGCGAGCCAGGUGGCGCUAAACAGGCUGGCCGAGAAGAAGCUGUGGCCGCCGCUGCUGUUCGGCUCCGCGGUGAUGUCGUGGUACGAGCACAUCGGGAGGACCGUCUGCUUCCUCGUCUGCAAGAACCACCUGCUCUGGGAGUGGCUCUUCAGCCUCUUCACGGGAAACACGGACGUGGAUUUCAGGGUGAGGGAUCUGACGAAGCACACCCACCACUCGGCGUGGCACACCAUGCACAACGUCAUCUGCGGCGGGGCGAGGCUGCAGGACGCGAACCUGGAGGCCGUCGUGGCGGCCGGCAUCCCGGUGCAGGUGGUCCACGGCGCCGACGACCAGGUGGUUCCGGUCGAGUGCAGCCGCCAUCUCAUGGCUAAGCUCCCGCGCGCCAAGCUCAGUGUCAUGGACAGGCGUGACCACUCGACGGUGGUUCUGGGCAGGGAGAGGGACUUCGCCGAGGAGCUCAAGGCGUUCUGGUGGUCAGCUGCUUCAAGGACUCAAGGUCCCCGGUUCACGUCCAGGAUGCGGACGUUCAGCGACGAUACUGAUGUGCCUGUUUGUCACAACGAAUGUAGCAUAGUUACGCGUACAUAUACACCUGUAUAG